GUGUGUAUAUACAUAAACCCUAUCGUAUUUUUCUUCACUCAAAUUCAUUUCAAAUAUUGUUGUACAAUUAAUUAUGUCUCCAUUAAUAUUAUCAUUCCCAGAAAUCUCGACCUUUCUCCUACUCAUACCUCCUCUUACAAUAAUUUUCCUUGUCUACAACUACUCACUCAAAUCACCACCUCUUCCACCAGGCCCAUUCCGAUGGCCCAUUGUCGGCAACCUUUUUCAAAUAGGGCCCAAUCCUCACAUGACCUUAGCACGCUUCGCCAAAAUCUACGGCCCAGAUCUUUUCUCAUUCAAACUCGGUACCAAGCUCGUGAUCGUUGGAUCAACUCCAGCUGCAGCCAUGGCGAUUCUAAAGACCCACGAUCGAAGUCUCUGUGCUAGGUUCGUUCCUCACGUUGCUCCAUCAAAGUGUCAAAAGAAAUAUGACUCAACCAUCGGUUGGGUCGAUGAAUGCAACGAGAGUUGGAAGAACUUACGUAGUUUUACUCGAACUGAGUUAUUUUCAGGUAAAGCUAUAAACUCCCAAGCAUUGAUAAGAGACAAAAAAGUCAACGAAACGGUCAACCACGUGGCCAAACACAUGCAAGGAAAGGAAGUCAAAGUUAGAGAGAUUGCUUUUGGUGCUGUGUUGAAUAUGAUGGGAAAUAUUUUGGUGUCAAAAGAUAUGAUUGAGCAAAGUAAUGAAAGUUUGAAAGGGGAGCUUUGUGAGAUUAUGAAUAAGAUAACUGAUGUUGCUUCUUCUCCAAAUAUAUCUGAUUUUUAUCCUAUUUUGGGUCCAUUUGAUCUUCAGAAUCUUCAAAAAAGGUCCAUGGAAUUGUUUGAUAGGAGUUGUCAGCUUUGGGAGGCUAUUGUGAAAGAAAGGAAAGCUUCGGAAACAUCCUCUCCAUCUCCACCUGAUUUUCUGGAUUCUCUCAUUCAAAAUGGUCAUUCUACCCUCGACAUAAAUAAUAUUUUUAUGGAACUUUUUGGUGCAGGAACAGAAACUAGUAGUUCGAUGGUAGAAUGGACAAUGGCAGAGCUUAUAAAGAACCCAAGAUGCAUGAAGAUUGUUCAAGAGGAACUUGCUAGAGAAAUAGGUCAAGAUAAAGCAGUUAAAGAUUCUGAUCUUCCAAAGUUGACAUAUCUCCAAGCAUGUGUAAAAGAAACCCUAAGGUUACACCCAGCUGGGCCUCUCCUUCUUCCUCACCGAGCUAUUGAGACAUGCACAGUUAUGAACUAUACCAUUCCAAAAGGAUCUCAGAUUUUAGUCAACGUUUGGGCCAUUGGAAGAGACCCUAGUUUGUGGGAAGAUGCGUGUGUGUUCAAACCAGAGAGGUUUGUGAAUUCAUGUUUGGAUUUUAAAGGAAAUGACUUUGAGUACUUUCCGUUUGGGUCGGGAAGGAGAAUGUGUCCCGGAAUGCCUAUGGCUGCUAAGCACAUUCCUUUGAUUGUUGCUGCUUUUAUACAUUCUUUUGAUUGGUCACUCCCACAAGGAAAGACUUUGAAUGACAUUGAUAUGAGUGAGAAGUAUGGUAUCGCCAUGCGGAUGGAAAAAACUCUCCUUCUUGUACCCAAAGCUAAGAUUAAUAUCAUAUAAUCUGGCCCACUACAAUAUAUAUAUCUAUAUUACUAUAUAUGUGUCUGCAUUGAAAAAUAUGUACGUACGUACCCCAAAAUGAUAUGCGCCCUCUCUCAUUGUGGUUUUCUAUUAUAUUUAUUUCAAAUAUUGCUACUUACUAUUGUAAAAUAUUAUAUCACAUUAUUGUGUGUACGUAAUAUUUUAGUGCAUACUUCACUUUUUGUGCACG